CGACGGGGCACGCAUGCGCAGAGGCGCGAACCUGCUGACAGAUUCUCGAAGGCGGCGGCGGCGGCGGCCUUCGGCCCGGGGAAUGGGAAUCUCAGGGCCCUGACUGAGCACCGCCCCCGCCUCCCUGCCGAGACAUGGCUCAGGAGAAGAUGGAGCUGGACCUGGAGCUGCCCGCGGGCACGGGCGCGAGCCCGGCGGAGGGCGGUGGCCCUGGCGGUGGGGGCCUUCGGAGAUCUAACAGCGCCCCCCUGAUCCACGGCCUCAGCGACUCCUCGCCGGUUUUCCAGGCCGAGGCGCCCAGCGCCAGACGGAACAGCACAACGUUCCCGAGCCGCCACGGCCUGCUGCUCCCGGCCUCGCCGGUCCGCAUGCACAGCAGCCGCUUGCACCAGAUCAAACAGGAGGAGGGCAUGGACCUGAUCAACCGGGAGACGGUCCACGAGCGCGAGGUGCAGACCGCAAUGCAGAUAAGCCACUCCUGGGAGGAAAGUUUCAGCCUGAGUGACAACGACGUGGAGAAAUCCGCCUCUCCCAAGCGCAUCGAUUUCAUUCCGGUGUCUCCAGCACCGUCCCCCACCCGGGGAAUUGGGAAGCAGUGUUUUUCACCGUCCUUGCAAAGUUUUGUGAGUAGCAACGGAUUGCCUCCAAGCCCUAUUCCCAGCCCCACUACCCGGUUUACUACCCGGCGAAGCCAGAGUCCCAUCAACUGCAUCAGACCAAGUGUUCUUGGACCAUUGAAAAGAAAAUGUGAAAUGGAAACUGAUUAUCAGCCAAAGAGAUUUUUCCAGGGCAUCACCAACAUGCUGUCUUCUGACGUCGCACAGCUGUCAGACCCCGGCGUGUGCAUAGCCUCCGAUACCCUGGAUGGAAACAGCAGCAGUGCCGGAUCUUCCUGUAACUCACCAGCGAAAGUCAGCACUACCACCGACUCUCCUGUGUCGCCUGCCCAAGCAGCCUCCCCCUUUAUUCCAGUAGAUGAACUUUCGUCUAAGUAAUUCACUCGCCUUCAGCCCCCCUCCCCCAAUGGAGAGAGAGAAAGAGAGAGAGAGACAGAGAGACAGAGAGACAGAGAGAGACAGAAUCAAGUUAGAGCAAGCACUGAACUUUGUCGAUUAAGUUGAGGCUGUUUCCUAUUUGACUCUUUCCCCUUUUUUUGGAAGUUCCUGAAAUGUUAUUCUAGAGAAUUUCUAUGUCAGGUUCCUGCGGACGCCCUUGAAUUCAGUGUAGUAAUAUUUUCGGACUUUUUAUCAAUAAGUGUGUUGAAGCAUACAUUUUACGCUGCUAAUAUGUCUAAAUACAUAUGUUAUCCCUUGAUUUUUUAAAUAAUUGAGAGCUCUAUUUAUUUAUGGGAUUAUUAAGUUCUGAUGAAAAUAUAAAUGUUGAAUUUCAGUUUAGUAAACUGAUGUUUUAAAAUUUCAUAGUUCAUGGCACACUAAUUUUUAAUGUUUUUAGUGAUUACUGUUUUCCAUCUAUUGAAGACCUUACCUUCUUACAGCUUUAAAGAAAAAUGUUAGUCAUAUCAGGCCGUUGGUUGUCUAGUUAACCUAGGAGUCCUUGGAUAGUUAAUGCCCUAGGCACAAAAGUAGAUGGGAGGGGAAAUGCCAAAAAGAGAAAUAAUAACACUUUUCAGCAAAUAUUUUAAAAUUAAGUAUAUAAAAGUAAACAUUUAAGAAGGACAUUUUCUAACGAAAUUUUAAUAGUGAAGUCACACCAAUAUAACUUUAGAAAUGAAAAGUUUCUUUUGAAAACAUUUUUUACCAGAAAAUACAUUCUCUUGGGUAUAAUCCUCAAAGUUCAAUGGGACCCUGCCUUGUUGUCUUAGCUCACUGUAGAAAGCGAAGGCAAGGCUCUUGCUACCAUGUCAUGCUUAACGUUUGUGAAAUAUAUAAGUUUGGGAAGCUCUAUUGAGUGUUGGGAGAACACCCAGACAGACGAUAUUCUCUCAAUCAUUGAUAGACUUUACUAUCCAGUCAUGUCUUGAUUCUUAAAAUUCUUGCCAAUGAGAAGCCAGAGCAGCAUUUGGCUGCUUUUCUGCUCUGCCCAUCUGUCACCUUUUCCCUUGCUCAGAAGGAAGCAGCUGUUUCCUUGGCUACAGGUACUUCCUACUCCCCACCAAGCUAGGACAUAGACCAAGGUACCUCCGACAGUAUGAUGCAUCUCUAUGGUUGGAGCUACAUUAGCAACAGUGAAAAUGUUACUUGAAGGCCGAUGGGGUACCAGAGAUCAGUGGAGAGUCGCAAUGUAAAUCAUCACUUAGGUUUUCGUAAAGGUGCAGUUAUGGAGUGCUUUUCCUUUGCAAUUAAGAUAAAUCGUAAGUGGUUUUUAUAUUGUACUUUAUAAUACUUCAUCUAUCCUAGAUAGACAAGGCAAGCAGACACAUGAAAUGAAUAACAGAUCAACAGGAAAAGGUUAAAAAAUAAUACUUUAAGAGAGAGACCAUGACAAAAAUUCCUACUUUUUAAAGUUAUUGCCUACAGAUUUUAAGAAUUAUAUGGAAUUUUUACAACUAUGAGAAUAAAUGGAACUGGUCAACUCUUGACAGUUGCAUCAAGUUUCAGUGAAAUAACAUCAAGGGCAAGUUUGUGUCUGUAUGUGUAACAUUUCUGGGUAAUAGUGUAUUUUGCUGACACCCUAAUUGUUCCUCAGCUUAAACUUAUAAUAUAUCCAGUUUCCUGUGGGGUGCUUGACCUUCUUAUAGAGGAACUUUAAUAACUUCAAAACAAGACUCACCGCCACAUUUAAUGUGUUCUUGCAGGUUGAUGUCAUCGAUGCCUCAUUUCCUAAACUGGAUGCCAUGUGACAUCUGACUUCUUCCUGUCAAUACAGCGUAACCACCAAGUUCUGUCAGUUUCUUCUCAAGUGUGUCUCAUGUUCUAUUCCAGCUCCCCUGGUCACCUGCCUUCCUGUGUCUCACCUACCUUAUAGCUUGGUCUUCACACUGUCUCCUGAAUAAUCUUACUAUAUUAUAAACUCGAUUUUUUUCACCUUCAUGCUCAAAACCUAUAUUGUUUCUGUUCUUAUAAUUUAGGUAGUUCUGUAUAGUUUCUGACUGUAGUAACCUGUACUGGUGUGGCUGUUCCCUAAAGGAGCUCCAGUCCUCUCGUCUCAGAACUCACCUCCCUCCUGCUGCUGCAGAGACUAGACUACUUGGUAAUCCCUAAAUAGACUACAUAUUCUUGCAUAUUUGCACUUUUAAAAUGGGUGUGUUUGUAUAUGUUUGUACAUGUGUGCUGCACACACACUACGGUCAGAGGACAAUGUGUAGAGUUCAUUCCUUUCAUCAUGUGUAUUCUGAGAGUCAAACUCAAGUCACCAGGGGUGUCAGUAAGUUGGCGUGUCUUGUUUAUUGGUUGGUUCCUCUUUCUCCCCCAGUGAUAUUCCAGCAAAUGCCUUUUAAGUGUGUGUGUGUGUGUGUGUGUGUGUGUGUGUAUACAUGCAUUGUGCACCUGCAUACACACACACAUGAAGUCAGAAAGCAGUUUGUGUGAACUGAUUCUCUCCUUUCACAGUGUCGGUUCCACUUGGCAGCAGAAGCCUAAAGUUACCCACUGACCCAUCUUGAACCAGCCCUCCUCCACUUUUUAGUUCCACAUGAACUUUGACUGAAAACUGUGUAUAUAGAUUAUAAAAUACUUAAGUAAUGUAUACAUGUAUAUAGUUAAAAAUCUGCCAUUUACUAUGUAAACUUCAUUAUCUCUUCCUGCAGGUAACAUCUGCUGACAGUUUGGUGUGCACUCUGCAAGCUGUGAUGCUCUGCAUUUCCCUGCGUAUAUAUGUGCGUGUAGAUGCAGGGCAUCAAUAUGCGUUGGUAGUUCUCUCCAUUUCUUUCACUCUAUCUUUAAUCACUCACCAGGUCUUACUGAUUUUAUCUCCUGGAAUCUAACUCCCGGUUUCAAUCUCUGCUGCCAGCAAGAUCCAGGCUAUUGUAUCCUUCUUGGGCUUCUCUCCCAGUGGUACUCAGCAUCCUUGCUCCUGUCUGCUGUCUGUUCAUUUGCUCAGCGUUACCCUUUUAAUAUUGCUUGUUUCUUAUUUUUAUGAGUGUACAAAAUGCAUCGGUUCUGGCUCGGGGCUCUGAAGGAUUGGCCCUUGCCUCUUCCUUGUUUUUGUUUGUUUGUUUUGUUUUUGUUCCACCCCUGCUAGUUAGCUAUCCUCUUUUAAACAAUUAUUUAUAUGUAUAUGGGUGUUUGCCUGCGUGUAUAUCUGUGCACCUUGUGUAUGCCUGGCGCCCACGGAAACCAGAAUAGAGCCUCAGAUCUGAUCUGCGAUAACUGGGGUUACAGACGGUUGUGAGCUUUCAUGUGAGUGCUGGGAAUUGAACUCGGGUCCUCUGGAAGAGCAACCAGUGCUCUUAACCUUUGAGCUCUCCAGCCCUCACUUUCUGCUUUUUAAAUGCCUGAUAUUCACUCUUACUGCUUCCUUUCGCCAGGUCAUUUUCCUACAAUGUAUGAAAGCCUUUAUUUUCCUAAACUGCUGCUUUUCUGUAGGUGGUAAAUCUUAAGUAAGCUAAGACUCAGCAUUUGUAUGAGUAAUUUACAUCACCAUAGCAACUUUAACCAUUCCUCCUUAGCUCACAUGGACAUUUGCUUCCAAAAACACAUUUUUAAGAUAUUAGUGUCGCCAAUUCAUUAACUUUGACCUAAAGCAAUUAACAGCACUUAGUUAAAGGGCCAUUUUGUCAUAUCUAAUAAACUUCUGCAGUGUAUUUUCUUUCCUUGUGGGUGUUUAAAAUGUAUAUUGUGAAUGAACGAAAUCACAAAUGGUUACCAAACCCGAGGGUGGCUGGAUGCUGGGACUUUUAAGCAUACUUAAAAGUGCAUGCUUUCCAGAAGGACCUGGGUCAGAUUGCCUUCCAGCGGGUCACAUUGAUUCAACCCAUUACACAGCCUACCUACCUCAAGAGACCACUCGAGAUAGUUGGUAGGAAAGCAGGUAGUCUGAACUUAGUGAAAGGCUGAAAUUUUCCCCCUGUAUUUUUUUGUGAGGGGUGGGGGGAAAUUGGUAGACAAUUAGAGAGAGGAAGUUGCUAUAAGACGAGGCAGGGAAGACAAUGUAAACUACAAUCCUAAGUGGGUAUCAGAAAAUAAAAGACUUGCCCUUGGAAAGCAGAACUAGAAACCUGGUUUUCUUCUUCAACCCGAAUGAAAAUGUUGGCAAAGACACUGCAGCUGUUGGCUUGCUUUUGCAGUGGUUUGGGGCUCAGAGGUGUGGAGGAAGACUACACUUAUGUAUGCUCCGUAGUGAAUGAGCUUCGCAUCUGCUUCCUUCAUCUAGUUAAUGAGGAGCAUAGGCUAUUUGAGGGCAGGGUCAGAAGUGAAUUAAAUGAUUAAUGGCCUGAGAAUGUGUAAAGGAGAGGCUUAAGAAUGAAUAGAGGGCUAGCCCGGCCACAUUGGAUUCUAUUUGCACCCGCACAAAGAGGUGAGCUGCACUGACUAGGCUUGGGAGUCAGCUAAGUAGGCACUAGUUAAUGUGAGCUGUGGCACAGUUGUUCCUGGGAAAGUGCAGUUGAGUUAGGGAUGGUCAGAGGACUAGUGGGAAGUGGUGCCCCACCUAUUCAUGAUCUAACCUUAUAACCUGUCACACCAAUGAAUAUGGAGAACCUGGUCUCAUUGUGGCACUUUUAACUAUAAUUUUUCACAGUUGAUCUUAUUUAGCUAGAAGAACAGCCCAAGAAGCAAGCUUCCACCUGAACUCCACUUACUUGGUAGACAUUUGUAUCAUACUACCCCUAAGAACCAAGACACAAUUUGUUGACAUUUAAGUAUUUUUUUCUGAAAAAUUAAAAUAAUCUUUAUAUAAAAUGUAAUGAAGUGCUUUCUGUGUAUCCAGCAUUUUUAGGGGCUAGUUUUCAAUGUAAUAAUUUUACCGUGUACUGAGAUGAUCUUAACCCUUGUUUUUUGAAUGAGGAAAUAGGGGUAGAGUGGUGAGGACACUUGCCUGGGAGUCCGAAGCUGGAAGCUUCGCUGCUGGUUGCAGUGGUUAUGAGCGGACUGGAGAGCCAGGCUGCUGUGGUUCAGGGAUCAGUGGAUGCAAGGACCUAGCAACAGUACAGAACAGUGAGGGACAUUGCGCUGACAGCUGUCAUCGUUUGCUUCUGAGCAGUUCUUUCCUUCUGUGACCUCCCCUGGAUUUGGGUCCAGCUCACUGGAAGUGCAGGGCAAGUCUUAUUUCUCCUUUUUAGCUCUAGUUGUCAUCCUUCCUCUAUGAAUCCAGAGCGCUGAUCCUUCUCUCAUGGCUACUGCUUGCUCCAGGUUUUAGAGACAUUGGAUACUUUCUUCAGUGAAAUAAGGCUGUCAGAUGACAGUUCUCUCAAGACCCUUUGCCUUACCAGAGUCAUCUAGUAACAAAUUUUUGUUGACAGUAAUAAAAAUGAGCAUCAGUAUUGUAUAUUGUUUAUAUCUGGAAUAUCUCCAUACAGCAUUCAGUGUGGACUCAGGCACCAUUUUCACUAAACACCCCACCCCCCCCACACACACAUACACCACACUGUUUAACCCUUAUGAUAACCCUCUGAGGCAGAUAGUAUGAAUUUACUAUGACUAAUAUGAAAAAUCAAAUUUGUCUUUUAAAAUGCCAUUUUUAAUUUUUCCCUUUUGAAUUUAGUUCCUUUUUGUUUUUUCUUGGUUAUUUAUUUUAUUCGAGAAGACCGUUUCCCAGCUAGUUAACGCACUUGCUAAUUGUAUGAGUGUUACCAUUCUGUUUUUAAAUCAAAUGACAUAUUUAUUUUGGUAUAAUUGUGUUCCAGGAAAUGAUCAGGAAGAUUAUUGUCUUUCAUCAGAGGUGAAAUACUGACAUGUGUAUAAGGAAAUCAUUCCAAAGCUUCAUAUUUAAAACUGAUUUGAAACCAUAAGAGAUACUCAAACCCUCCCUCUUUUAUUGUUUUAUCUAAAUAAAUAUAAGAUUUGUUAUCCUGUUGAA